GUCUCCCGAAUUUUUGUACACAACAAAACACCCGGUGCGUGCCAGAGAAAACAAACAGCAGCAGCAGCCAGUGUCCGUGUCCAGAGGAAGGAGAUGCCGGGGCUCACGGCGCCGACGGACUACGCGGAGGAGCCGCCGCGCCACCCCGACCUCAGGAUCAACUCCAAGGAGCCAUUUAACGCUGAGCCUCAUCGAUCUGCGUUGGUUUCAUCUUAUAUCACACCAGUGGAUUUCUUCUACAAGAGGAAUCAUGGACCAAUUCCAAAAGUCGAUGAUAUCUCAAGAUAUAGUGUUUCCAUCAAUGGCCUUGUGAACAAGCAUAUUCAGCUAUCCAUGUCUGACAUUAGGUUGCUUCCAAAGUACAAUGUCACUGCAACGUUACAGUGUGCAGGCAAUAAGAGAACUGCAAUGAGUAAGGUACGGAAAGUGAGAGGUGUUGGAUGGGACGUAUCUGCUCUUGGAAAUGCAACUUGGGGAGGAGCAAAACUAUCUGACGUCCUUGAACUAGUUGGGAUACCUAAACUCAGUUCAGUCACAACUUUAGGAGGCAAACACGUUGAGUUUGUCAGUGUUGACAAGUGUAAAGAGGAGAAAGGUGGCCCCUAUAAGGCAUCAAUUCCAUUAAAGCAGGCUACAGAUCCUGAUGCUGAUGUCUUGCUUGCAUAUGAAAUGAACGGAGAGAUCAUCAACCGUGACCAUGGAUACCCACUCCGUGUUGUUGUACCUGGUGUCAUAGGCGCACGCUCUGUAAAAUGGCUGGACAGCAUCAGCAUAAUCAAGGAAGAAUGCCAGGGUUUUUUUAUGCAAAAAGAUUACAAGAUGUUUCCACCUACCGUAGAUUGGGACAAUAUUGAUUGGUCGACUAGAAGACCACAAAUGGAUUUUCCUGUACAGUCUGCUAUCUGUACCCUGGAGGAUGUGGAUGUUAUCAAGGAAGGAAAGGCUAGAAUUGCUGGAUAUGCAGUCUCAGGUGGCGGCCGUGGCAUUGAGAGAGUAGAUAUAUCUGUUGAUGGGGGUAAAACAUGGGUUGAGGCUCAUAGAUAUCAGAAAAGCAGUGUCCCAUACAUCUCUGAUGGAGCUCAAAGUGAUAAGUGGGCAUGGGUUCUCUUCGAAGCUACGUUGGACGUACCAGCAAAUGCGGAGAUAGUAGCUAAGGCGGUAGACUCAGCCGCGAAUAUUCAACCUGAAAAGGUGGAGGACAUAUGGAAUCUGAGAGGAAUCCUCAAUACAUCUUGGCACCGGAUCAAAAUACAGAAUUCAGUGUGUGUAGCACAAUCCAAAAUGUGAAAGAAGUAUAUUGUUCUGCCUAGAACAAGCAGCACGCUGGUCCAUACAUCUCAUGAUAGUCUUGAAAUAAUAAGCCACUGGAGCUUAAUUUAUGUGAUUUUCGUUUAGACCGUGCCACGGAAC